GAAUUACAUAGCUUUUGUCUAAAUACAGAGUUUACAGGCGUUAAGCAGUUACAAAUUCGCAAUGCAGCUUGUAUUUCUAGUUUACAGUUUAUUCAGUUUGAAAAAGAACUGGUUUAUCACUGCCCAGCCUUUACUGCCAAUGCCAGCCGGAAAAUUUAACUUUCUUACCGACUUUUUCCCAAUACUCCAACCUGUCCCGCUGCAGCCUGCAGCGACACCGUCCCCGAUUUCCCCAGAGCAGCCAGCAAUAUCGAGAUCAGCGGCAGCCGACCUUUUCUCAUCCGAAACGGCCGAAACCGCCUUCGUCCGGAAGUGUGCGGGACAUGUAUCGAAAGCGGCGCUGAAUUGUCCUUGCGCCGCACCAGGACAUAGCUGUGCACCGUCAUACUCCGUUUGCAGUGAAAACAACCACUGUAUAUGCGAUCCCGCUACAUCGUACAUCAACGCCACAAAUACAGGAUGUACGCCGUAUCCUACGACAACAGCUUGCCCCGCAGUGACGUGCCCGACGACUACCAGCGCUACGUGUCCAGUCUGUCCAACCACGACUGCUGACACCUGUUCGACAACUACCAGCAGCACCAGCACAGCGUCGAGCACCACCACCACCACAGCAACAACAACUGCCGCUCCGUCAUCAGCAUGUAAGGCGACUCCAGAGAUAAAAGCUCCACCAAAUCCGUUAACUACAGGAUGUGGUGGCUGCAUCACCGUUCCAGCAUCGGGUACGGUUGCGUUUACUUCACCUGUUGCAGGAACCGACGAAUUUGCAGGCGGGUUAGGCGCGGGCGCAAAUACGAAUGGUGAUUAUCCGAACAACGCCUUCUGCGUAUGGACCAUCGAGGGCCCUCUCGGGAAGCAACUGCUGUUCACGGAAGAUCCCUUGGUCACGUUCAAUAUUGCUGACGGUGAUCAGUGUGAGUUUGACGCGUUAUACAUCGACGGUCAGCGAUAUUGCAUGGAUGCGCCAUUUACAACGCCCCAAACCGUGAGCAACCCUACCGUUGUGGUCUUUUCAUCGGAUUCUGUCAACACGGGCACAGGCUGGAAAAUGAAUAUAAAAGCGGUUUAGUGGUGCCGUUCUGACAUACUACUUAUUUCAAAUGCACGGAGUAGAACUGUGGACCCGUAAGACCGACAGCAAAGAUUUUUCUAGAGACAAGGGAUCGAUAAUCGCUUUGCGAUGGCAUUUGCUUGCUUGUUGUUGAUACGCGUUUAUAGUCGUUUUGUGUGGAAAUUGCAUAUUGUAAUAACUAGAAAAAUGCGUAAUGGCGUGCACUGGCAGACCGACACAAAAACCGUUUUUUUCUGUGGAUUGUGCGCACUGAAAACUUAUAAGUGUAUCUGUAGCAUUUAUGUAUUAAUAUCCUGCCGAAAUCAUUGCGGAGUUUGAAUCGCAAAAUCAGAAAAUAUAA